AGAGGGGGCUGUAGCACCUCCCACGCUUCGUGCAGGGCUUGAGCCUCUGAGCCCUUUACAGAUGAUAUUUUUCACAACGCUGACGUAUUUUGUAAAAAAUAAUGAUGGGCCGAGAAUGUACAGCAGCGGCUGAAAAUGUCAGUGAAAAGAGGAUCUCAUCGCACUGAGCUCUCCAUGCAAGCUAAAGGAGUCCGUGGCAGUUUAUUCUGUAAUAGAUUUGUUAGGGAGCACAAGCUGGGAAAUUCAGGGCUCGUGAAAUAUUUAUAAUACUCCAGCACCACAAAUGGGUGCAGUUUAAGUGUUCUCUUGGAGCGCAGCGUUUUGAAGGCACUUUGUGCUCGUACUGCAGGCAGGGCCCUGCCCUCUCAACCCGCCCGGUUGUGGUUUGGGUGGAUUUUGUUGGAAGUGGCACCUUUCAGAAGUGGCCCCUUGGGAAAGUUCUGUUUCCUCGUGAUGCUGUAGCUGGAGCAAUGCAACCACUGAUUUUUCUGAUGCACCGCAGUCCUAAAGACUUUCUGGGUUACUGAACGCAAAAUGCACAUCCUGGGAGGCCAGAAUGUGGUACCUGGGGUGAUGUUGAUGCUCUUGGCUCACACAUCCUCUGGAUCUUGCUCUGCCAAAGCAGCAGCACUGAAAAUGUCAGUCUUUGGGGAGGUUAGUGCAGAAGCUGUGGGAGAAAUGAAUCUGAACUGUUCUUAUUAGCAGAUCUGAAGAUUCUGGAAGCUACUGAGGUCUUUGCAAAUGCUAUGAUCCCUUUUGAGGUGUUUAUAUAUAAAUGUUUGGCUGAAGAAUAAAACUUUGAUAGUGGUUAUAAACUCUUCAAAAUGAGCUCCUGCUGCUUCAUUGAGAAUUGUGGAGCUGAGGUUCCAUCCUGAUGUGGGAUCACAGAGACAAGGUCAGCUUGGGCGGAAACUUUCUCAGGGAGAAAGCCAUGAAAGGUCUGAUUAUCUGACAAGCGUAAUUGAGGAUCUGUGUUCCUUUGAUUAAAGGAUCUUUGGUCAGAGAGGCAAAUCAGCACUAAAAGCCUGAGAGAGAUGCUGUGAAGGGAGGAGAAAAGCAACCUUUCAUCUGGGCUGUGCAUAAAACACCACUUUGUGUGAUCCUGUUUUUAGAUUUGGCUUUUAGAGAAGGUAUGAACUGAAGCUGAGAGGAAAGCAGCACAUUAAGGCUUAGGAUAAAACACUGGCCAGGUGCAGUCCAAAAUCCUAUAAACACCAGUGUUCCUGGGGUGAGCUGUCGGUUAAGAGGGUAUUGCAGUGGGUAAAAAUUAAAACUAAUUUUAAAUUAAACCAUAGCAAGGAUCAUAAAGCAACUCACUUGUAGAAAAAUCAAAACCAAGGGUGAAGUGUUUUUAUAGCUUGGGCCUUAAAAUAAAGGUAUGGCACAGUGAGGGUGGCUAAUGGGUUGAGAAAUCAAAGUAUAACAGGUGAGCUGGGCACUUGAGGGCAGGCUAUGAAACUGCUGCCAGUGAAGCAGCUCAUCCCUGGGGAUAUCUUGGGAAUAACAUGCUGUCCCACAUCCUGGCUGGCCUCAGCAGGUCCUUGUUUUUUGUGCACUGUUGACACACUGUGAACGCUUUUUGAGUUUGUUCAGAGCAUUUCAAGAUGUGGAUUAAAACUCCGGAAUGUCACGUGCUGGUUUGGCACCCUUUAGAAUGGGAUUGGCCACUGGAAACCUCACCCUCAGUCCCCGUUCUGUGGUUUCACACUGGCACCACACAGCAUCCGCUUUUUGGGGGAAGUGAAAGUGAAUUCAUGUAGUGAAACUUCAGUCUCUAAAAUUUGGGCUUGUCCUGGCUCAGAGCAGAUUUUGUCCCUUCCUGUUACUGAUGUCACUUGGUUGUGCUCAGCUGCUAGGGACAGAAGCAGCCUGUGUGGAAAGGAUUGGGACACGACCCUGGAGUUUGUAUUUCCAGUAGUAAGUAGGUAUUUAGGGAGGAACUGAGUAGCUUGGAAAGGAGGAACAGAGGUAUUUAAACUGAAAAUAGGCUUAUGGAAGGUUCUUGUGUGAAACCCAGGAAUUACUGCUGAUAGCUAGGAACUGGUUUGAUGAAAUAUUGGAGUGAUUUGGGAAAGAUGAGAGUUCGUAGCGGUUGCUUGUUUCCCUCUGUGCCUCACUGUUCCUCAGCAAUUUCUCUCCUGUCCUCAGCUCCAGUUAUGUAAAGGCUGGUUACUCUCCCUUGCUCACAGCUGUAUCGGGCUGCAGGUCAGUGUGGAGAGAAUCCACCUCUUUUACUGGACACUUAAGCCCCUCUGUCACAGAAUGUGCUCACUGGCAGCUGAAAUGUUCGAGCCUGAGCUGAGUUUGCAGCCCUGCAGCGUCUGUGCUCACAGGGGAGGCUGGCAGGCAGAGCUGCAGCCACCAGGCCAGGGCAAUUAUGUAACCAGAGAGCAGAGUUCUCCUUUAAAAUAUUUAACAUCCUUAGGUUAGAAUAGGAAGGCUUUGGGUGAGUUUUUUUUUUAAUGUGUUUUGUGAUGUAAAUGUGGGGUUGUGCCAGGCUCCACAGUCAUGCUCAGGGAUGACCUAUUUGUAGUAAUAAUCCUUGCCUGGAGCAGCCUCCCUGGUAGAUCACAUUCUCCAAUAUCACCCCUGCAUUUGUUUCUCUGCCAUCCUGUUCAUGUGCUGCUUGCGAUUCUUUAUUUUUGUUUUGAACAGAUCUCUUCCUUCACUUCCUUUAGGAGCUUCCUUUAUAAAGUAGUAAUAUGUAAAAAAGAAAUAAAUUCUCAAAUCGCUUUUCCAUCACAACUUUUUACAGUGUUAUCUCCCCAUCAGUUGCUCACCCGAGGUUUGAUGAUGAUUAAGCAGGACUAUUUGUGAGAGAAUUAACUGUUUGCAGGGAGUUUCCAGAGCUUUUCUGUGGUAUCCAUCAUAUGCAUGGAAGCAGCUCCAUGGAGCCAGAGCCAGCCCACAUCUCCUCAGUGUUGGGAGUUGUGCUGCUCUUUCUGUAACACAAGUGAGAUGUUGUUUUUGGGUGAUUUUUGGUUCACAGAGAGCACCUGCCAGUACUCUACACUUAAAACACACCUUUCCCACUCUUCCCAGUUCAUGCUGUUUAUCAAAGUCACCCUGAAUGUAGCUUUAAUCUAUGGACAGCAAAUGUCUUCAUGGAAAUUUAACAGACGGUAUUUCAUGAAACUUAAUUAAUGGAUGAUAAGGUUUUGCUUUUGAAAAGUCUGCAGAAGAGCUUUGAAAGCCUCUGGCAGUUACAGAUGUGCAAUUUAAAUGAGAAAUAGGUAUUAACAAAAUUAGGGUUUCCAUCUGUCUCUGAUGCUUGUUGAUGUUGGGAAUUCUAUGUCCAUUCUCAGAUGAAUGCCAUUAGUGGCUCAAAAUAGCAUUAACAUUUUCCUUUGUAUUUUACAGUGAAAGGCAAAGAACAAGAAAAGACCACAGAUGUGAAAGCAAUUAAAAGUAAGAUCAAACUCUUGUCUGUAAAUUCAGAUCUCUGCCAUCAUCCAGGAUUUUUAUCUUACCCAACAGGAUCAUUUCCUUACUCCUGAGCACAGAUCUGACCUGUGCAUCAAACCCAGAACUUCAUUCUGUUUCUGGGUUCCUCCUUAUCUUGCUGAAUCUGUAGGUGCAGAGGGUUAUUAAGUUAUGUCAGCUGUGAGCUUUAAUUCAGAGUGAUCAGGCAGUCUGGUCACCUUGCACAUGGUGGUUGUUCCUUAACCACAAAAAAUUGCUGCAGAAGUUUCUUGCUCAGGUGCAGUGUCCUUUGGAGUUUGGAAAGUGGAGCUUCACUGUCUGAUUUGCAGAAGCUGCAGAUUUAACUUUGAUGGGGCUUGUGAGGCUGAAGAUCCAAAUCCUGAAAGAGCCAUUCUGCUGCUGCUUUGUGUGGUGCAGAGGUCUUGCUGCUAAAUCUCGUAUGAGAGGAGAAAAGAUCUCGGUGGAAAAGAUUUAUAAACUCUAGAAAAACAAGUUUGCUUAUCCUGUCAGAUUUUCUUGCAGUACUGAAAGGAGAUGAGGUAAAUGCCAGAAUCAGAUCUGUUACUUUUAUACCCUCAGACAAAAUCCUGUGUCUGUACUUGGUAAUGUGUUAUCUGCACAUCAAGAGAAAAUGACAGGCUUUUUUCACCUUGGUAGUCUGUCUUUCAAAUCAAAUGCAGGAAACAGUGAGUUGCAUCUUAUUUCAUAGCCACUCCUCACCUUCAGUGCAACUACCAGUAUGCUGACCCUGAAAAUAAAAAUAAACUUGAAAAUUUAUAGUAUUGCACUUUUUGAGCUGCUGCAGCAGAGAGCACCUUUGCUUGACCCAUAGAGAGAGUAGAACAUUUUUUUUCCUCAAAUGCCCAUAAUUUAAAAUUAAAUUUAAAUCUAAUUGACAAAAGCCUGUAGCAUUAUGAGGAGUGUGGUUCUGGCUCUACACAAGUAAGCUCCACCAAAUUUUCCCACUGCUGCCAUCCCUUGGCCUUGGAAAACAGAUAUUUUCUCCAUUACUGCUGGUAUGAAAUAUCCAGAGGCUUUGUAAGAAGCAGCAAGUGGUGUCUUCGUGUCCAAUCCUGCAACUGCACAAACACUUGGCAAUAAUUUAAAUGUUUCCAUUGCUCCUGAGGUAUCUGUGGUGUGACAUCUGAGUGUGAAAUUGUCAACUGCUGUCAUAAAAUUGGGAAUAAAAAUAAAGUGAUGCAGCAUGGAAAUCAUGAAGCCCAAGUUGCCUGGCACCUUGAUGGAACACAUCCCUGGGAGGUGCUGAUAUAAUCAGCUCAUCUGAUGUGCUUUAUUUUUCAGUCAGAGGUGUAAGAUAUCCCUGCAUGACAUCCUCAUCUAACACAGCUUCCUGAGAGCUUUGGAAUCUGCUGUGAGCAUGCUUGGGGUUUUUUUCAGCUUUGUCAUCAAUUAACAAUUAGCAGAAUUUUGUGUGAGGAAGUUCUUAUUUUUUUUUUUUUUUUUGAGUUCCAGUAGCCACUCGUGUCCUAAAACAGCCAGAGGGGGUUAAGUGUAUAACCUGGGUUUCAUCAGAGCUCCAAUCCCAGUACAUUCCCCUCAGAGAAGCACUAGGAAUCAUGCCUUGCUGGAGGCUGCAGGACCAAGCCAUGUGGCCAUCAAUGCCAUCUCUGCCAACAUGGACUCCUUCUCCAGCAGCCGCACAGCUGCCCUCAAGAAGCAGCCAAGUCACAUGGAAGCUGCUCACUUUGGAGACUUGGGCAGAUCAUGUCUGAACUACCAGGCUCAAGAGACCAAAUCAAGCCUUUCCAAGACUCUUGAACAAGUCCUGCAGGACAGUGUAGCCCUCCCUUACUUCAUCCAGUUCAUGGAGCUGCGCAGGAUGGAGCACUUGGUGAAAUUCUGGUUAGAGGCCGAGAGCUUCCACUCAACCACCUGGUCUCGCAUCCGCGCACACAGCCUGAACACAGUGAAGCAGAGCUCCCUGGCAGAGCCAGUGUCCCCCUCCAAACAGCAGGAAUUGGCCUCCUCUCCUCCUGCUGGGUGGCUGGAGGAGAGGCUGGAGGGCUCUGGCACAGCCCAGCUGCUCCGGCCUGAGCCUGACAGAACUGCCAGCUGCCAGAACGACGUGGGGCUGCUGGGGCAGGAGAGCCACAGCACCAGUGCUCUGGCUCUGAGAAAACCAGAGACAGGGACUCACUCUCUUCCAGCUGAUCAGCAAGGAUCUUCCAAGCUUUCAGUAUCAAAUAGAAACAGCCCCUCCUCUGCACUAAAGGACUUGUCAGGAAAACUCAUGAAAAGUAUAGAACGGGAUGCAGUUAGUACUUUUACCAAAUACAUUUCUCCAGAUGCUGCUAAACCAAUCCCUAUUACAGAAGCAAUGAGAAAUGACAUAGUUGCAAAGAUCUGUGGGGAGGAUGGCCAAGUGGAUCCAAACUGCUUUGUUACUGCACAGUCCAUAGUGUUCAGUGCAAUGGAACAAGAGCACUUUAGUGAGUUUUUGCGAAGUCACCAUUUCUGUAAAUACCAGAUCGAGGUGCUGACCAGUGGGACUGUGUAUCUGGCUGACAUUCUGUUCUGUGAGUCAGCCCUGUUCUACUUCUCUGAGUACAUGGAGAAGGAAGAUGCAGUUAAUGUAUUGCAGUUCUGGUUGGCAGCAGAUAAUUUCCAAUCUCAGCUUGCUGCCAAAAAAGGCCAGUACGAUGGGCAAGAAGCACAGAAUGAUGCCAUGAUUUUGUAUGACAAGUACUUCUCCCUGCAGGCCACACAUCCUCUGGGGUUUGAUGACUCUGUGAGGCUGGAGAUUGAAUCCAACAUCUGCAGGGAGGGGGGGCCUCUCCCCAGCUGCUUCACCACUCCCUUAAGGCAGGCGUGGACAACCAUGGAGACGGUUUUCCUACCUGGUUUCUUGUCCAGCAACCUUUACUACAAAUACUUGAAUGACCUCAUCCAUUCAGUACGAGGAGAUGAAUUCCCAGGAGGGAACAUUGCACUGAGUAUUCAUGGCCCUGGCAGCUCUCCUGACAGUGAUUCCAUAGGGAGCAUGGAUGGCUCUGCCUCCCAGUCCAAUGUCAAAAAGGCUAAUGUUAAAAUCCUGAAAAAUUUUGAUGAAGCAAUAAUUGUAGAUGCUGCAAGUCUGGAUCCAGAGUCUUUGUAUCAACGAACAUAUGCAGGGAAGAUGACGUUUGGAAGAGUCAGUGACCUGGGGCAAUUCAUCAGAGAAUCUGAACCAGAGCCUGAUGUCAAAAAAUCAAAAGGGUCCAUGUUUUCACAAGCAAUGAAGAAAUGGGUUCAAGGAAAUACAGAUGAGGCUCAAGAAGAGAUGGCUUGGAGGAUAGCAAAGAUGAUUGUCAACGACGUCAUGCAGCAGGCGCAGUGUGAGCAGCCUUUGGAGAAGGUCACCAAGCUAUGAUUUUAGAAACUCCAGGACAGAAAAUCUGGUUUUCCACUUUGAGAAUGAGUGAACUUUCUCUAUUGGUGGAUUCUUUAACACAGCCAAUAAAAACAAAGCACUGUUACUCCAACCACUGCAAUCUCCCUCAUUUCUAAGGAAGAAUGAAAAAGAAGCAAUCCUGGACCUCCACUGCAGAGAGUGAAGAAACACUUUUCCCUGGAGCAUGUGGCAUUCACAGUAACAAUGGUUCUAAGAUGAAGAUGCAGUUUACAAGAAACUGUGAUCAACUUCAUAAAUACUUGACCUGUCUCAAAAAAAGACUUUUAAGCAUAAUAUCUGGAAUGGGACACAGAGGCCACAACAAAGGGGAAGGUUGUGGUGUAGUUUUUAGUUCUACUGCUUGUAGUUUUUAAACACAGAAUUGGAAGGGCUGUGAGGCAAAUCCAUUGGCAGUGAAUGACCUGGAAAGUUCUAAGUUUCAUUUUCCAUUACUUGAAAUAGAUGAGUAUUCACCUGUAAGAUAAAUGUAUUUUACUUCAUAACUGCAUUAACUUUAAAGGCAGUGUAGAAGGGUCAGGAACUCCUCCUUGUUGAGCUCCUACACCUGCACACACACCCACACACACCCACACCCCUCCCCUGCUUCUACCACAGAGCAGAUCCAAGGCUGGUCCUGCAGCCCCUCUGCUCCCGCCUUCUGAGCAGGUUGGACCCUGUAGACUGCUCCACUUCCUGUCCUCACCAUCCCAUGAGCAAUGAAAAAAGGAAUUGCUGCCAUUCUCCAUCGCUUGUUGUCCUCCACCCAGCGUAGUAUCUAAUUCCAGAUGUUUGGUUUACAAAGAAAAACAAUUUUUAACGCCCUCUGGCCUUCUUCCUGACACUGUCAACACUUACCAUGUUACACAGCACCUCUCUUUUUUUUCCCCAGCAAAUUGAUUUUGCAGGGUAGCAGAAGUACUCAGUGUCUCACCAUUAUGUUACUGCUGCAUUUUUAGUAUAUGACACUUUUAUUUGGGGUCUUUUUUUCUUUUUUUACUCUAAUGAUUGCUUUUUUCCUCAAACUCGUGCAAAGAAAUCACUAUGUGAAGAACUCAAAUCAUUUCCAAUGUUCAGAAUAUCUUGAUUGACUAGAAAGUGUCAUUCUGUUGCAAUAUUUGAUUGUAUAGAGACACACUGUAUUGUUAUGAAAAAGCAAAAAGGCUGUGUAUAGGUUUUUGGUACUAUGUACCACCUCUUAUUUCUCUCAUACCCAAGCAUUCAUGUACUUAAAACAUACUAUAUUUAAUUGUGUUUUGAUUUAAAAUAUAUAAGUAUUAAAAUUUGUGUUGAUUUUUCUGUUUU